AUGGUUACCGAUAAAGACACAGAUUUAAUCAAAAUCACCAAAGAUGGACAUGUAACCAAACGAAUUAUCAAAGCUGGCGUUGGCAAAAUACCAGAGAAAAACGACAUAGUUACAGUGCACUAUGAUUCAUACAUUGCAGACACAAACGUGCUGUUUGAUUCUUCACGCGGGCGUCGAUCAGAAUUCACAUUUGCCCUCAAGGGAGGCAAAGUCAUUGAAGCUUGGGAGCUGGUGAUUCCUACCAUGAAAGUAGGCGAAAAAGCAGAGAUUAUGUGUACAAGUGAUUAUGGUUAUGGUGAUGAUGGCCGUCAAUAUAUCGUACCUCCAAAGGCUACAUUGAGAUUUGAGGUGGAACUGCUUGGUUCUUGGGAGGCUGCAGGCACAGCUACAGAACGUAUUAAAGCAGCAGAAAAGAAAAAGGCCGAGGGAAACGAAUUUUUCAAACGAAAAGCAACGAAUGAAGCACUGUUUGCUUACAAGAAAGCGAGGGAAUACAUCAAAGACUUAUGGAACUGUGAGCCUGAGCAACUGGAAGAAUGUCGAUUUCUGACUGUGGCCCUUAACCUCAACAUUGCCGCAUGUUAUCUCCAACUGAAAAACUAUGAUUUUGCCAUUGAAGUCUGUAAAAGAGCAUUGGAUAGAGAUUCAUCCAGUGUCAAAGCAUACUAUAGAUUGGGACAGGCUUAUUUGGAGACAGGAGACUAUAACCAAGGCAUCCAGUUCGUAAAGAUGGGUCUUCAGUACGAAACAAAUAACGCUGCCCUGAAAUCGUUAUUAUCCACAUUGGAGGCCAAACAGCAGAAAUACAUCAAUGACAGCAAAAAGAUUUAUAAAAAGAUGUGUGAAUAG